CUUUUUUCCCUCAAAAAGAUAAUUAAAUUAUUAACUAAAAGACUAAAAAUGAGUACUCAAUAUAUCAAUCCAACGACAACAAAAUAUGGAUACUCAACUCGAGCAAGAAAAUUAAAUUGAAUUGCCAAACCGAAAAAAUUCCGCGUGCAUUUUAGCACACAAGAAAGCACCACCAAGUUCCCUUUUGCCUUUUUUCACACUUAAUAGUUUUCAAAUUGAUUAUACUUUUCCGCUUGUCUUUUCCUACACGCUACCAAAUAUUUUUCAUUUCACACCUCCAUUUUCACCUCUUCCCCUCAUAAAACAACAUCAUCACAAAUUCAUCAAAACCAAACCCAGAAAAAAAAAAAAAUAAAAAUAUGGCGAAAGAUCGGAAAAUCGGCGUGGCCAUGGACUUCUCGAAGAGCAGCAAGGCGGCCCUACGGUGGUCCAUCGACAAUCUUGCCGACAAAGGCGACACAUUCUACAUUCUCCAUAUCAAAUCACACUCUCCCGACGAGUCGCGCGACAAGCUCUGGUCCCAAUCGGGCUCUCCUUUGAUUCCAUUCACGGAGUUUCGUGAGCCGGAGGUGAUGAAGAAAUAUGAUGUGCCGAUUGAUAUUGAUGUGCUUGAUUUGCUCGAUACAGCUGCUAGACAGAAGGAGAUAAAAGUGGUGACAAAGUUGAUAAUUUUGGGAAGCGUGAGCAACCACGUGGUGGCGACUGCAACCUGCCCAGUGACCAUAGUCAAGGACCCUGACUUUCACAAGAACUGA